AUGGGGGUGAUGUCGAGGAAGGUUUUGCCUGCCUGUGGAAGUCUAUGUUUCUUUUGUCCUUCCCUGCGAGCUAGGUCUCGACAGCCAGUGAAGCGAUAUAAGAAGCUUCUAUCUGACAUUUUUCCUCGAUCUCAGGAUGAAGAACCAAAUGAUCGCAAGAUAGGCAAACUAUGUGAAUAUGCUUCUAAAAAUCCAUUGCGCAUCCCAAAGAUUACAAAUUAUUUGGAACAACGGUGCUACAAGGAAUUGAGAAUCGAGCACUUCGGCUCAGUAAAAGUUGUCAUGUGCAUCUACCGUAAAUUAUUAAUUUCUUGUAAGGAGCAAAUGCCACUGUUCGCUAGCAGCUUAUUGACCAUUAUAUGCACUCUCUUGGAUCAAACAAGGCAGGAUGAAAUGCGAAUUAUAGGAUCCCAUACCUUUUUUGACUUUGUAAAUAGUCAGAGGGACGGUACUUACAUGUUCAAUUUGGAAGGCAUUAUACCAAAGCUCUGCUAUCUGGCUCAAGAAAUGGGGGAGGAUGAGAGGGCACACAAUCUGCGUGCAGCGGGCCUGCGAGCCCUUUCUUCUAUGGUUUGGUUUAUGGGUGAAUACUCCCACAUCUCUGCAGAAUUUGACAAUGUUGUUUCAGUAGCUUUGGAAAAUUAUGAAAGCCCCUAUAAGAGCUCUGAGGAGCAUAGUGACAAUGACCCACUCUCCCAAAGCCAACGGGUGCAAGAAGUCCACAAAGCCGAGGGUCAUGUAUCUCCUUUCCCAGUUUCCACGGCAAGGAUUCCUUCUUGGAAAAGCAUUGUAAAUGGUCAAGGGGAACUAAAUCUGACUGUGGAAGAAGACAAGAGCCCCAGUUUCUGGUCAAGGGUCUGUGUGCAUAACAUGGCCAAGUUGGCCAAGGAAGCAACCACUGUACGACGUGUUUUGGAGUCUUUGUUUCGGUAUUUUGAUAGCUGCAAUUUGUGGUCACCUCGUAACAGGCUUGCUCUCUGUGUUUUGCUGGAUAUGCAAAUAGUAAUGGAAAAUUCUGGGCAAAACACUCAUUUGUUAUUAUCUAUAUUAGUCAAGCAUCUUGAACACAAGACUGUCUUAAAACAACCUGACAUGCAGCUAAACAUUAUUGAAGUAACCACCUGUCUUGCUGCCCAAUCAAAAGCUCAGAGUUCUGUAGCAAUAAUUGGUGCAAUAAGUGAUCUACUGAGGCAUUUGCGCAGAAGCAUGCAGUGCACGCUUAGUAAGUUAGACUUGGGUGAUGACAUGAUCAAAUGGAAUAAUAGAUUUCAAAAGGCUGUAGAUGGGUGCCUUGUUCAGUUAGCCAAGAAGGUUGGUGAUGCAGGACCUGUUCUUGACAUGCUGGCUGUGAUGUUGGAAAACAUCUCAAGCACUGUAUCAGUUGCAAGGGCAACCAUUUCUGCAGUUUAUCGCAUGGCACAAAUAAUUGCAUCAGUACCAAAUUUGUCCUAUCAGAAUAAGGCAUUUCCUGAAUCCCUGUUUCAUCAAUUGCUUUUAGCUAUGGUCCACCCGGAUCGUGAAACACAUGUGGGGGCACACCGUGUCUUCUCUGUUGUGCUUGUUCCAUCAUCUGUGUGCCCUCAUCCUUCUUCAGCUAGUAUGGGUUCAUAUAAGAUACAGGAUCUUCAAAGAACACUCUCAAGAACUGUCUCUGUCUUUUCAUCUUCAGCUGCUCUUUUUGGGAAGUUAAGAAGAGAAAUGUUUUCCUUGAGAGAAAGCACAUGUCAGGACAAUGUGGAUAAGGUUUCUAAUAGUGAUGAUGGACAACAGAAUAGUGGCAAUGAUGCAAAACUUUAUAAACUUCAGUCAUCCCAAAGUCGGAUGCGUAGCAUAAAAGGCACUUCAUUACCCUCAAUUUCAGAAGAAAAUUCUUCGAGCAAUCCAUACAGGGAAAUGGACCCAAUUUCCCUUAGGUUGAGUAGUCGCCAGAUUACAUUGCUUCUUUCCUCCUUGCGGGCUCAGGCCAUGUCACCUGAGAAUACACCAGAAAACUAUGAAGCCAUUGCUCACACUUACUGCUUGGCGCUUUUGUUUUCUCGAGCUAAGAAUUCAUUUAAUGAGGUAUUAGUUCGGAGUUUUCAGCUUGCGUUUUCAUUAAGAAACAUUUCACUUAGAGGAGAAGGUAUAAUGCCGCCAUCACGACGCCGAUCCCUUUUCACUUUGGCAACAUCCAUGAUUGUUUUUUCGGCAAAGGCUUUCAAUAUUAUACCUCUAAUUCCAAUUGCUAAGUCAUCACUCACUGAAAAGACG